AUCGUCGUUGUAGCCGAUAAUCUGCGUGCGACGAGUCAAGUUUUCGUCGAACACAAGGAAAUUCUGCUCGGAAGACACGACCACAACCUCGCGGCGUGCAGUACUCAGCAGUAGCUCCAUACGCAGAGCGCCUUUCUCUCCGGCGGUCAAGAAGUAAAUCGCCUUGUCAUCCUGAGUCUUGUUACUUGUGACGCACUUGAAAGUCGGCGGCACCACCACGAGACCUUCAACAGACUCGUGCACUAGCACCGUCUUGCUCAGCUUCUGAUCCCUCAAGUCCCAGAAAUUGACCACCUUGUCACGUCCAGCAGACAACAUUGUGUAGCCAUCUUCGGAGAAGGCCACGCUAGUCACGAGACUCAUGUGGUCCUGGAUGCACGCAACCUGCUUCUGGGUGUACAAGUCCCAGACGCGCACUGUGGCGUCGUCACUGGCCGACACGAGUGACAAUCGUGCUGCAUCUGGGUGGAACUGCACCAGCGUCACGAUACCCGCGUGACCGCGGAAGUUGUGCGUGCAGAAGCCCUUGUCUACGUCAAAAACCUUGACUGUGCGGUCACUACCACCCGUGGCCAGCAGCGUGCCUGACGGAUCGAAGCCCAUUGCCAGGACGGGUGUAUCGUGAGCUUUGAUGGUGCGUACGCACUUGAACGUGUCCAGGUCCCACACGCGAAGUAGCAGAUUACGGCCUGCCGUCACAAGCUGAUUCUUCUUGCCUGGGCGUACAGCGAAUACCACAAAGGAUUCCUUGGCCUCUUCAUCCUCGACGUCCUGCUGCAGGGUACGCUGCAGCUCUCCGGUCUCCGCAUCGAUGAUGGCCACGUCGUCGUGCAGCAUGCAGGCCAUUAGUGCGCGAGGCUCUGCGUCGAUGCUUGUGCGACUAUUGAACAGCUCCACCUUACCACCAGUGUACACACCCGCGUGCGUUUUGACAGUGCGCCAGCUCUUGGAGAGGCCCGAUCGGGUCGAGUAGCUGCCGGCCGCGCCGGCAGAAGCUUGCGCCGAGUCCGCGAAGCUACUCAUCUUCUACAAACGUUGCAAUGGACGGCGCUUCCAGUAGUAUUUGACUGGAGUAGGGACGCGAGUACACUCUAUUGACAGUACUCAAAUAAAUCGUUAAAUGAGGUAAGUGUGGACCACAAAAAAUCUAGCCUCAAUAUUGACUGGUAUUGCAAAAUUUGCAAUACAGCUUGAACGAUUUCACUUUUCGAUCUUUGCGAGCGAUGGAAUUGGAGACACAUGCGGCAGUGAAGGUUGGCGACGUGAGCAAGCUGCAGAAACUGCUUGACAAUGGCGUCAAUCUAGAUGCAAAGGACGAAGACGAGCGCACACCGUUGCACUGGGCUUGUGCUACGGGGCGUCUAGACGUGGCAGAGUUCCUCCUGGUAUGCGCUAAGGCCACCGUGAAUGUACAGGACGACGCCGGGUGGACACCGCUCAUGAGCGCUGCCUCUGCAGGCCACGGAGACAUUGUCGGUCUUCUGCUAAGCAAAGGUGCCAAUGCGAACCUUCCCAAUGAGAAUGGACAGAUCCCAUUGCACUACCACCGAGGACGACAAGAGGUCGCCGAAUUGCUGCUGGACUACACGCGGGAUGUCAACCAAGCGGAUAAUACCGGGAGUACCCCGCUGAUGCGUGCUAUUGGUGGCAAACCUAGUCCAGUGGUAAUUGCCCUUCUCCUUGACCAUGGUGCCAAAGUCAACACUCGCGAUGUUGGAGGCAACACCCCGCUGCACUUGGCAAUCAGUGAAGGCUAUGAGGACAUCGCACGUUUCUUGCUGGAGAAUGGAGCAAAUCCGAAUGCGAAAAACAACGACGAAGAGCGCUGUACCGAUCUCGCAAAACCUGCAUUUCGAGCUGAAAUUCAGAUGCUCGCGUCCAAGAAGAAGGGGGCAAGCCACCCCUGACCAGUAACACACAGUGCGCAGCCUAAUACCGGUAAUGGUAACUCUGUUGUACACAGAAAACUGGAAUACCUCUAUUGAUCGCUGUGUUGUUUGUACUAAGCUGUCCACGAAUGCUAGUCGUCGUCUGGUCCGGUGAGGUCAAGAUCAGGUAUGUUAACCAAGAUGAGGAUUGACGCAUGGCAGUAGAUUCUUUUCCAUGCCAUUUCGACCUUCUCGUCCCAGUCAUCCCCGCAAGUAAGUCGCAUCGCUUGGAUAAGAGAGUCUCCGAGCGGGUCAAAGUCGUCUGGUUUCACACCGAUCUUGAGAUGUACGAGCGCCAAGUUCAUCACCUUCUGGACAAGAUCCUCUGAUGACAAGAGCGACUUCAUGCCGCUGCUGAUAUGCACGAUCACGCGGCUCUGAAUCUGAACCGAUGCUUGGAAAAGGGGCUUCAUGUGCGGAUAGUUAUCGAAGAGGUACUUGUAGAAGUUCUCGUACAGUAACCCGAUCUUGGUACCGGACCCGACAGCGUGGUGUGCAUCAGUGUGGAUAUUUUCCUUGAAGACUCGCUCCCAGUGCUCGAAAGCUACCAGUCGAUCCUCAUUGUCGGACGGUUCGGUGAUCGGAAAAUGUGGCAUGUAACGCUUGAUAAUGCGGCAAUAGUGCUUGGAGAACUUGGGGUGGCUGCGAUGAGCGCCAAAGCUUGCACCAACGCCCAUUUUUGCCUAUUGUUGUGGUUACGGAUUCAAUCGCAAAAUGAAGUCACCCUGUGAACUGUGAGUUCGUUGCAAAAACAUGUAAGGGCGUCCUGGUGGGGCUACAGAUCGGAUCAUGGCAUACAUAAGAUGUCGAAGAUACAGGAGUCGCCUUUAAGCGCUGCCAGAUCGAAACUUAGUUGUUAAUCUUGCGGUACGGAAAUAAAUUCUCGCAUAUAGACUCGUCCUGGA